UUUUGUUAGUGGCCUAAUGUAUUCCUUUUAGUCUUGCCUUUUAAUUUUCAUCUGCAUUUCAUUCUAUAUAGAAUGAAUACUCCAUUCGAUCUCGGAUAAUUAUCUCGAAAGGAUUACGAAGCCUUUAACAAAAAAAAUACACAGGGACCGAGUUGGGUAUUUUUCUUUUUUGUUAAGAACCUUGUUGUCUUUUGAGAUGGAAGGUGAGAAUCCUAAUGAUGUUUUAAUCAAGAUUAAUGCAAUAUUAAAGGAAGCACAGCCUCUCCUUACAGAUGAAUGCUGCAUCUACAGGGUGCCUCAUGAGAUCCGCAAGUUCAAAGAAGAUGCAUACACUCCAAAAGUUGUUUCAAUUGGUCCUUUUCACCAUGGGGAUCCAAAGUUGCUAAAGAUGGAAGGCCUUAAAAGAACAUGUUGCAGAGAAUUCAUUGAAAGAUCCGAGACAAAGAACUUGAAAAGCUUCGUGAGUUGCGUGCAAGAGCUGGAGGCAAAGGUUCGUGGUUGUUACUCAGAUGAAAUCAAGCUUAGUGAGGAAGAACAUGUUAUGGUAAUAUUAGUAGACUGCUGCUUCAUAUUAGAGUUUUUACUUAGGCACCAUUUCAAGUUGCCUUAUAGUGAUGACAUUUUUCUGUCACCACGGCUAGGAACUUAUAUAAGAUAUGAUUUGUUGAUGCUUGAGAAUCAAGUCCCUUUCUUUGUUCUUGAGAAGCUUUACAAUCUAGCUUUUCCUUCUACCUUAAAUAGUGGCGGCCACGAAAGCCAUCCUUCAUUAUUAAGGCUUGCUCUUCGUUAUAUUGUUCCUAGUAGAAUAGUUCCUUGCGACAAUAAUAAUGAUGAGCUAACCUUAGUAGAUGUUGGUAGAAUAGCUCAUUUUACAGAUCUAACAAGAAAGUCUCUAUUAAGAUCCUCUCACUUAUUGCAACCAUCAACCUCUGGAUGCUCAAGAGAAGCAAAGUUAACACAACUUUAUAGUGCAACUGAGUUGAAUGAAGCUGGAGUGAAGUUUGAAGUACACAAAGCUAGUCAAUGCUUACUAGACUUGGAACUUUCAGGUCAUACUUUGAAAAUCCCAUUCAUUAGAGUGAUGGACAGCACUGAAGUUAUUUUGCGAAAUUUGUUAGCUUUUGAACAAUGCCACUAUAUUCAUGAAUCCUAUCUCACUGACUAUGCUGCAGUCUUUGAUUUCCUUAUCAACACAGAAAAAGAUGUAGAUUUCUUCGUAAAGAAUGGAAUAAUUGAGAAUUGGAUAGGUGAUAGCAAUGCAGUGGCUGAAAUGUUUAAUGGUCUUGGAGUGAAUGUUGUGCAUCCAAAUAUCAAUACGCAAUAUCUUCGUAUUUGUGAAGAGUUGAAUGCUUUCUGUAACCACCCUUGGAACAGAAAAGUUGCGACUUUGAGGCGUGAUUACUGCAACACUCCAUGGAAGACAGUAGCUUCCAUUGCUGGAAUUUUUCUGCUUAUUCUCACUAUUAUUCAGACGGUAUUUUCUAUUCUUCAAGUAGUACUAGCUUAAUGUUUGUGUUUGUGUAGCUUUGAGGAUGAUCACAUGUUUAAUGCUCAACAUGGUUCGACAGAUUUGAUAUCUUGGGAGUUGGAAAAAAUGAUCGACAUGUUCAAUUGUAUCAAAGUUUGUUACACGUCUUUUGGGGGUUCAUUUUGUUACAUGUUCAA